AUGUCGCGGAGAGGCCAGCUUCCCAGCGCAGGCAGCAAAUGUGACAACGGAGGCGGCACAGACUGCGACGACGACUGCGACACAGAAAACGGUUGUGACAACGGAGGCGGAACAGACUGCCACGACGAGUGCGACACAGAAAACGGUUGUGCCAACGGAGGGGGCACAGACUGCGACGACGACUGUGACACAGAAAACGGUUGUGACAACGGAGGCAGCACAGACUGCGACGACGACUGCGACACAGAAAACGGUUGUGACAACGGAGGCGGCACAGACUGCCACGACAACUGUGACACAGAAAGCGGUUGUGACAACGGAGGCGGCACAGACUGCCACGACGAAUGCCACACAGAAAACGGUUGUGCCAACGGAGGGGGCACAGACUGCGACGACGACUGCGACACAGAAAACGGUUGUGACAACUUAGGCAGCACAGACUGCGACGAGGACUGCGACACAGAAAACGGUUGUGACAUCGGAGGCGGCACAGACUGCGACGACGACUGCGGCACAGAAAACGGUUGGGAAAACGGAGGCGGCACAGACUGCGACGAUAACUGCUAA